CCGGAGGGGCGGCGGUGGAGAACCGGAUCGCAAGGCGUCCUUGGAGAACCACCGCGCCUACUCCAUGGACAGGACCGUGGGGGGUGGUGGGGGUGGCGGAAUGGGGCAGGGACCCCAGGGAGGUCCCCCCCUCCUCAAACAGAACCAGAACCACGGACCCCUUCAACCAUCCGGUGGUGGCCCACGAACGGGCCCCCAUCCUGGUGCUCCUCACUCCCACCAAGGACCCCCCCCUCCAGCAGGUUGGGACCCCCCUAAGGGACCCCACCCCAGCCAGCUGGACCCCAACUCCCAGGCAGCCAUGAUGCACAAGGCUAGGAGGGCGAAGUCUGGGGACAGCCUGCUGCUGAAGAACUCCCAGAGCUCGGACCAGUCGGAGCCGCUGCGGCCACCCCCACCCAGGCCCUACAAGAGCAAACGGGGCGUCAACAAGAGGCAGAUGUCUAUCAGCAGCUCAGAGGAGGAGGGCGCCUCCACGCCCGAGUACACCAGCUGUGAGGACGUGGACAUGGAGAGCGUCAGUGAGAAAGGUGAUUGGGACUGCCAUCCUCUGGAUCCCGCUGUGUGGCAUCAUCCAGUGACAUGGCAGCCGUCCAAGGAGGGCGACCACUUAAUCGGACACAUCACUCUGAGCAAAAGGUCGGCCAUGCCCCGCGAGGCAGGCUCCUUACUAGGGCUAAAGGUUGUGGGUGGGAAGAUGACAGAGACAGGGAGACUGGGGGCCUUCAUCACCAAAGUCAAGAAAGGAAGUCUGGCGGACAUUGUUGGCCACCUACGAGCUGGUGAUGAGGUACUGCAGUGGAACGGGAAGUCGUUGCCGGGAGCAACCAAGAAGGAAGUGUACAACAUAAUUCUGGAAUCCAAGGCGGAGCCUCAAGUGGAAAUAGUCGUCUCAAGGCCUAUUGGAUCUAUCCACCGCAUCAUUUCCAAUAACUUCUUGAGAAAGGUGUAUAGAGCGUAUCAAGACAUACCAAGAAUUCCAGAAACAUCACAUCCUCCUUUAGAAUCGACGGGCUCUAGUUCCUUUGAGUCUCAGAAGAUGGAGCGUCCCUCCAUAUCGGUCAUGUCCCCCACCAGCCCUGCUACCCUCAGAGCCCUCCCCGUCAUCCUGCCUGGACAGCUCUCUGUAAAGCUGUGGUAUGACAAAGUGGGCCAUCAACUGAUCGUCAACGUCCUUCAAGCCAUAGACCUACCCCCCCGACCGGACGGGCGACCCAGGAACCCCUACGUCAAGAUGUACUUCCUCCCUGACCGAAGUGAUAAGAGCAAGCGCAGGACCAAGACGGUAAAGAAGAGCGCUGGGCCCAAGUGGAACCAGACGUUCCUGUACUCCCACGUCCACCGCAGGGACUUCAGAGAACGAAUGCUGGAGAUCACUGUCUGGGACCAACCUAGAAUACAGGAGGAGGAGAGUGACUUCCUGGGAGAGAUCCUGAUAGAGCUGGAGACUGCCCUGCUGGACGACGUUCCUCACUGGUAUAAACUCCAGACCCACGACGUGUCCUCUCUACCUCUGCCCCAGCCAUCCCCUUACCUCCCGCGCAGACACGCCUCUCACGACAGCCCCAGCAAGAAACUACAGAGGUCCCAUCGCAUCAUUGACACAGAGUUUGAUGAUACAGGUAUAGCGGUAGUAUCUGAAGGUGCAGAGCGUAACUCGAGGGAGAGGGAGAGGAACAGCACCCUGACUGUCCCAGAGCAGCAGAGACUGGCCCAGCACCGCUCCAGAUCUGUGUCCCCUCACCGCGAGGACAUAACAAGGGCCCGCUCCCGCCCUGCACACGUCCCCAUGCAGAGGAGUCUGGAUGAGAUCCAUCAGAACCGCCACCACUCCUGCUCCCCCUCUCGUUACCAUGACUCCCACGGGGAGCACCGCUCCGGGGACUCGGACUACGAGUACUCCGAGGAUAGUGAGGUCCUCGAGAUGCACAGGUCUAUCCGAGGCGGGAGUGCCGAGUGCCUGCACACAAACAGGGGCGUAGCUAGGUCCAGCAAUACACUACCACCCAAAAUGCCCCUAUUAGUCAAUGGUAUACACAAGGACAUAUACAGCAACACCCUCCCUGCAUGCCUAAAGAGCAAGCCUCCCCGGGGGCAUCAGGGAGGGGGCGGUCCCGCCUCCCGUAGCGUCCUCACGCACCGUGUGCUCAGGUUCACUGAUGAGGUCACCGUUAGUGAUCUGCAGCCCAGUCUGGACCGGGUGAGGAGUGCCAGCACCACCUGCCUCAGGCCUGACACCAACCUCCACUCUCCUGAUAAAGACAGAUGCUCCAACUCUCUGCCCCGCAGACAGCUCACAAGCCCCAGGAUUUUAGUAGAGCAGGCCUCCCCAGAGGAAGAAAGGCAGUCAGGGAGCCUGGGCAGACCUAACAGUCAGAGAGGUAACAGCAAGAAAGGUCUGGAGGCUGACAGUCGUAUCCAGCCCACCUCUAUACUGAGGGGCAGUAGGGGGAGAGGGGGGCCGCUGCGCCCCUUUAACCAGACACCCCUGGGGGGAUCUGCCCCUAACUCACCACGACAGGACAGAACACACACCCACAGCCCCUCCCCUCCUACGGGGACUCCCCAGUCAGGUCGCAGGGGCAGACAGCUGCCACAGGUUCCUGCCAGAAGCAGCAGUGUAGAGCAAGCUCUAGCAGUAGAGGAGCGAGCCAGACAGAUGAACAUGAAAGUACAUUCCUACCGGCCUUCAGCCUCCCAUGACCCCGAGACGGACCUCAAGACCAAACGAGAGAUGUAUGCGGAUCAGCGGCGGAGCUCUGACAACGUGUCGGCCCGCUCGUCAGACAGCGACAUGAGUGACGCGUCGGCCCUAUCCCGCGCCAGCAGUGCCUCACGCCUCAGCAGCACCUCCUACAUGUCCAUCCAAUCAGAACGCCCACGCGGGCGGCUCAGUCGGCAGGUUCGUGCGGCGCCAGGCCGGACCAUGCUGAAGAGCACAAGCGUGAGUGGUGAGAUCUACGCGUCAGAGCGUACCGAUGGCAGCCAAUCGGAUACGGCGCUGGGCACGGUGGGCAUGGGUGGCAAGAAGAGACGCUCCAGCCUCAGUGCCAGGGUGGUCUCCAUCGUCUCCAACAGACGUAGUCGCAGCACGUCGCAGAUCAUCGGCCCGGAGGGGAAGGGGAAGAAGGAGAAGGGUGCAUCCAUCCAGAGGAGCACAGAGACGGGCAUGGCUGUAGAGAUGACCAGGAACAUGAGUCGACAGUCCAGUAAAGAGUCCACCAACGGCACCAUGAACAGCUGCAACUCCGAGGGAAAUCUGCUUUUCGCUGGGGUGCGUCUGGGACAGCCAGGAAACCAGUUCAGCGACUUCCUGGAUGGCCUGGGUCCUGCCCAGCUGGUGGGCAGACAAACGCUGGCCACACCUGCCAUAGGUGAUAUUCAGAUCGGAAUGAUGGACAAGAAGGGUCAGCUGGAGGUGGAGGUGAUCAGAGCUCGGGGCCUUGUACAAAAGCCUGGAUCCAAAUCCCUCCCUGCUCCAUACGUCAAGGUCUAUCUGUUGAAUAAUGGAGCGUAUGUAGCCAAAAAGAAAACCAAGAUUGCACGGAAAACGCUCGACCCGCUGUACCAGCAAGCGCUGCAAUUCGAGGAGAGCCCACAGGGUAAAGUCUUACAGGUGAUCGUCUGGGGAGACUACGGACGAAUGGACCACAAAAGCUUCAUGGGAGUUGCACAAAUCCUGUUGGAGGAACUAGACUUAACAAGCACAGUGAUUGGCUGGUACAAGUUGUUCCCACCCUCCUCCUUAGUGGACCCCACACUAGCCUCCCUGACUCGACGUGCUUCCCAGUCGUCAUUGGACAGCUCCUCGGGCCCACCAGGCACCCGAUCCUAGUGGACCAAUAGGACUACAGCUGCCAAUCUUAACGGACCAAUGGGACUAUGGCUAGCCUACCGCUUUGUGAAACGAAUUAACGUCACCUUAGAGAUUAACGGACAAAAAUUAUUCUAGAACAACAACAAUCAAGAAACAGAGUCACACUGAUUUUUAAAAAAAGCUUUGUUGAGAUCUGACAAUCACUCCUGGCAUCGUUUAAUUUGUUUGUUUGUUUUAGAGAGCAUUAGGUUUCAGUGUUUCAUUCCAGUAACGAAUUCGUCAUGGUUUUUUCGCGGUUGUAAUCUAGGGCUGUCGGUAAUAAACAAUAUUCGGUAGCUAGGUAAGGCUGUACUGGAGUCGAGCGGUAAGGAGACACUCAAUUCAUUGAAGAAACUAAGUAGAAAUGUAAAUGUGAAAGGAAGCAGGGUGGUAGUUUUUAGUCAAACCAUCAAUAAACAAAGAAAUGUAUGUUAGCGUCGGAAUGUAUGGACCCAAGACAGAGGUGUCAUCCUCCUUGUUCCUCAGGGGGUGCCAUAAUGUCCUCUCUGCAGUGGCCCCCAUCCGGCCCCCAAACAGACUGCCAGCACUUCGGCCCCCAGGGCAGAGUGCUUCUGAGUGGGGUCGGUCCGGGCAAGCAGGGGUCUCCUUCUGGUGCCUAGACUUUGUGGAUUCACAUUACUGGUCCUUUUCUGUCAAAAUAUAAUUUUUUGUUUUCAAUAUGUUUACCAUGGCUGGUCCAAGCCGCUCUCUCGUUUUUGUCUUUGGUACGUUUGACUUUUUUUGUUACUUAUGGCACAAAAAUGUUUUUAUGAUGAGUAUGAGGUUUACGAUGCGUUGUCUGAUGUAUGCAUGGAGAAGAAAAAAAAGACACAAAGAAAAAAUACAAAAUAGAGAAAAUAUCUGCAAUGAGAUGCAGGGGACUGUUCAGUGACACAUCUUAAGUUACGAUUUUUACACUUGACGAUGAGAUUAGUGUGGGAUUACAAUGUUGUUUUCUUCGUUCAGUCACCUACAAAAAGUCCAACCCAGUUGUCUUUGUAUAGAUGUAUAUUAGACCUCCAAGGAGGUUGACCAAUAAAUAUAAUUAUACAUUUCACUUUGAACUAUCACCAGGAUGUCAACAAGUCACUGUAAAAAAAUAUGUGUCUUUGUCCACAAUCACGAGAACUUUCAUUUAGCUGUUUUCCUGGAAUAUCCUUCCCUUCACCCCAGCACAUGUUUAGGGGUUUUAUCCAAAACUUCAGUUUACAUUAUUUUGAGAUUCAAAAAUGCAAGCACAAUAAGCUUGAUUUUUUUUACGGCAAAAAGUUAAACUUUUUGAGAGAAAAAAAGUGAAUGAAAAAUAUAUAAAAAAUACUGCUUGCAAAUGUAAUUUUUUGGUUCAUUUCAUUUCUUCUUUGUCUCGAUUUUUUGGAAAAACCAAAAACAUCAGUUGCUCAAAUUUCCCUUCUGCAUCUUUGUGAAUGUGAAAAGUAACCAAUCAGAUUGAGCUUUCCGGACAGGAACACCAAUGCUCAUCCUUCGUCAGGCCCGCUGACUCCUGCCACACCAAAGGGAACGUGGCCAGCAUGACUCGGACCUGUUCCAAGCUGCAUGCACAUUUUGUAAAACAAAAACGAUACUGGAAAAAAAAGAUUGAACUGAACUAGAUAUGUGUGUUAGUUUCACAUACCGUAGGCCCGCUUGUAUGUUGCAUGCACACGUACAGUUUGCUCGUACUUAAAUAUAAAGAGAAACCGAAGCCAUUCACAUCACGCGAAGACAUUCGAAAUGAUCAGCUGCAGUCAAGUCUAGUCCACAUCCUUCAUUCCGGUGCUGAAUGUUUUUCAAAACCAACUGAUUACCGAGAUUAUGUUGAUGUCUUUUUUUAAAGCUAUUGAACCCGUGCUGUACUGUCGUACUAAGCAGUCCUCACCGCCCAUUCUUUCAAAUCUACUGUUACUGUACACAUAGUUUACCUCUAUGGGGCUGAGACUACAUGGUUGAAUAUGUAUAAAUCAGAUCAACUUAUAUACAAAGUAUAGUUAUGUUGAACAUAAUGAUGUAAUAAGAUAUAUGGAUACAUAUAUUACACAAAUUAUUUAGAGUAUGAUGUACCGAAACUAAUUUAGGUAUAUUGUAAAUAUUUUUUCAACCAAACGGUUUAGUGAUAUUUACGAAAGGCGCCAAGUCAGAUUACGAGGACAUUGUCAAUUUCAUUAAGACUACGAUUGGACUUAGAAAGUCACAAAGGGACACUACUUUACUACAAGGCUUCAGGGUAUAGUCCCAAAUUGCCACACUUGAGUGUACUAGGGUAUCAGGCCAUAUUAUCUGCAAAAGCUGUCGACACAACACCUCUCUCUCCAUGCUUUGAAACCUACAACCCCAGCCAUGUAAAACCCCAUUUAUAAAAACGUCUCAUUUUUUUGUGUUUCAUGUUCAGUGAGUUAUUCUUUUUAUUUUGUCAGUAUUAUUAGGAGAGAAAAAAAUGCUGAUUGUUUACAAUUUAUGUGUUCCACUGAAACAACAACUAUAAAAGAAACGAUCAGAUAAAAAAGAAAGUAUUCACUGCAGCGUUUCUUGUUUGGUAUAACAGGUGUGGCUCAAAUGAUGUGUAUGUUUUAUAUUUUAAAAAAAAGAGUUCAUUUUUAUUAUUUACAAAUAAAAAGAAUGUGUGGAAGAA